CUAAAAGGGGCAAUGUUGUAUUUUGAGAUCGGCUUGAAUCAACUAAAUAGCCAACAGGCAGAGGGUAGCGUAAUUUGUAUUUUUCUCUGUAAUAAUGGUAUGGGAAUAAUAAUGCUUUUUAUUUGGUAAAUUGUUUUCUUGCAUCAAACAACACCAUUUUCAGUCACCUCCUUGUCUGAAGGACAAGUGGAUAAACAGGUUCAUGUGAAGCCCUGUAUGUUUUUCCCCAUAAGUCUCAUGGAAUGUAGGCCUAUAUUGAAAAUCACACAUUGGCUGCUACUGUAGGCUGAUUGAUAUGUUAUUUCCAUGUUAAAAUGUUAUGGGAUGCAUUUUCUCCAUUGUUUUUAAUGGUAGGCGACGUUGGUAGGCGAACGUUAUGAUCAAAUAGCCACAGUAGCCUACUUGGCCACUGUUAAAACUGUAACUUAAAGCAAGAACAGCCUCAAUGUUCACAGUAAACGCGCACUGGAAGUUUCACAACAUCCAAGUUUGCGCUCAGCAGACCUUACAUUUGCUCAGUGCUGAAAAAAGAGCGAACAUUGGUUCCAGGUCAAACUUUUGGGGGUUUCAGGUAGAACCCUUUGCGGUUCCAUGUAAGGAAAAGGGUUCUACCUGGAACAACAAAAAUGUCAUCUUAUGGGGACAGCCGAAGAACCCCAAAUUCCUUCUUGCAUUUGCUUAUAAACACAAAAAUCGACAUUGAUUAAAAAUGGGUUAUUUUGAUUUAGUUAUUCACCUUGCAACGUGUUGAAAUGUGGGCUUUUAUUUUUUUAAGGUUUCUUCAUUAUCAUUGGAAAGUGACGUCAUUGUUAGUGCUGCUAGCGGAAUAGUAGUGAGGCGACAGAGUGAUUCCUGAGUGCUGACGUACAACUACUACUUUCCGACUUAAGCUGUUCCAAGUCUGGCGAAAACUGAACUGUAUGUGGUGUGUUUACCUACACGGGGAGACUCGUAAAAUACAGCUGAAAGGCGAUUAUUAUUGGACCUGUGUGUGUGUGUGUGUGUGUGAGAGAGAAUGACAGGUACAAACGGAAGGAUUUCAUGGCACUACGCGUGAAGAUGGGAAUUCCACCAGUUCCUGCAGCGUGUUUCAGGGUGGAGGUACCGGACUCAUGGAGAACCACUUCCAGACAGAGGCCUUCAACCUGGAUAAAGUGUUGGAUGACUUUGAACAGAAGCAAGAUGAGACCGACAGUCCCAGUCUGUCUGAUAAGUGGAUUCAGAUCCUGGCCCCUCCUGCCCACCUACUAUCUCCGAACUGUGCCCUGGCUUUGACCCCAGACCUCGGCCCCCUCCCAUUAAAGACCCCCCUGCCCCCUGACCCGUCAUCCAGCAACCCCCAGGGGCCCAACGCCAAAUACCACCCCACCGCCGAGCCCCCACCCUGGGGAGAACUACCAGACUGCCGUGCAGACGUGCAGAGCCCUCCACUCCCCCAGCCCAACAUCGGCAAGCUGGUUGGGGGUGAGGGCUCGUCAGCCUCCUCUAGCCCCCCUCCGUACCACCACCACUCCUCUAUCAGCCCCUCUAGUCCAGCCAGCCCUGCCCUCAACGGGCUCAGUGAAGAUCCCUGCAAGGGGAACCAGACAUGGGUGACCCCUUUAGACCACCACCAGCCCCCCACACCCUCAGACCCAUGUACUGAUACCCCUGUGGGGGAGAGGGGUGACGGAAGCUCCCACAUUAGUCACACACACUUAACCCCUCCCAGCCUCUCCUCAAUGGUCGAGGCGAUAGCAGAGAAGUUUAACUCCAAGCCAGAGACCGAGAGACCUGGUGCUUUAUCACCUAUUCAGGACAGUGGUAGGGAGGAGGCUGGAAUUGCUUUGAUACAGUCAUAUGAGGAAGGAAUCCCUAAGAGGGAAAGUCAUGGAAAUACUGUUAAAAAUGGAUUGAUGAAGGAGGGACCGACAGAGCGGAAGGAGUGUAGGAAUUCCUCUCAGAAGCAGACGAGGUUGAUAGGAGAAAUGGAGAAGGAGAGUAGGGGAGGUCAGGAUGGAGAGAUGGUUCUUACCAGCGGCAUGGCUACUGAGGAGGAGGACCGAGGGAGCAGGGAGGAGGACCGAGGGAGCAGGGAGGAGGACCGAGGGAGCAGGGAGGAGGACCGAGGGAGCAGAGAAGGCCAGUCUCUCCCCCCUCCUCAAUCCAAGGAGGACUCCGUGACAGAGGAGAAGGAGAUGGAGGAGAGCAGCCUAGAGAACGGAGGAGGAGAUAGCAGUGUUCCCUCCAUACUGAACACUCGUCUGCAGCUGGUCAGUGUUCCAUUCGGUGGAGCACGUCCCAAACAACCGGUCACUCUCAAACUCCAGAUCCCCUGGCCGCUAUCCGGACAGGACCAGAACCAACUAUCACCUACCGUUAACACCACCGCCGUCUGCAAGAACAAGAACCUUGAGAACCGUGCCGGUGACAUAACCAUGGAAACUGGAACCGUCGUUGCCGGGGUGACCCUGGUGGUUGUGUCGAGGUUGUUAACGGGAGUUGCUAAACGGGUCGUCAUCGUUGGGGCUGGUGCUGGAGUCCGAGAGCAGCCCGGACAAUGA